AUGAAAAAUCGAGUGUUCAAUCCAUAUCUGAAGGAUGGCGAAUUCCUCCCACGAACUAUUGAACUCGAUAGCCUCGGGUAUAAAUUUCCAACUACCUUCCUCACACGCAAUUCAAAGGGCAACCAGAUGCGUGUGAUCAGUGAUCAAAUGGACAUCGGUCAAAACUUCAGGGUCGACGGUGUCGUCACAAACAAGGAUCUGGAAGAGAUCACCAUCCAGAACAGCUUCCAACACAGGAACAUCCACGCCAUCAGACCUACAAUGGCUACUUAG